AUGGAAAGUUUAUCUUUACUUUCAGAAACAUAUACAAUUCAAGAAGCAAUAGAUUAUAUAGGAUUUGGUAAAUUUCAAGUUAAACUUUCUGUACUAACUGGUUUUGCAUGGAUGGCUGAUGCUAUGGAAAUGAUGAUAUUAUCUAUCUUAUCACCAGCGUUACAUUGUGAAUGGCAACUGAAGGGUAUACAGGAAGCCUCUAUUACAACAGUUGUAUUUUGUGGAAUGAUGUUGUCGUCUAGUAUAUGGGGUGGUAUUUGUGAUAAAUAUGGUAGAAAAAAGGAAUUGAUCUUGUGCUCUGUGUUUACGUGUUAUUUUGGUAUUUUGAGUGCAUUUUCUCCAAAUUAUUAUUGGAUGUUGAUAUUAAGAGGUUUAGUAGGAUUUGGUAUAGGGGGAGCUCCACAAUCGGUCACAUUAUAUGCUGAAUUUUUACCAUCAAAAUCACGAGCAAGAUGUGUUGUUUUAGUAGAGGUAUUUUGGGCGUUAGGAGCAUGUUUUGAGGUAUUAUUAGCUCUAGUUGUUAUGCCAGUGUAUGGUUGGAGUACUCUAUUAGGUUUAUCAGCUCUACCAUUACUCUUCUUCUCUUUGUGUUGUUUUUGGUUACCAGAAAGUGCCAGAUAUGACAUCACUCGAGGUGAUUAUGAAAAGGCUGUAGCUACUAUAAAAAGAAUAGCUGAAGAAAAUGGUAAACCAGCACCACCUGGUCGAUUAGUUGAACCUAAAGUUGAGGAGAUAAAGACUGGUUCAUACAAGGAUUUAUUUAUGCCUGAUUUAAAAGUUACUACUAUUUUACUCUGGAUUAUUUGGCUAGUAUGUGCUUUCUCAUAUUAUGGUAUUGUACUCCUGACUACAGCUUUAUUUGAGAAUCCUGAUGGUUGCCAUGGUACUGAUGUAAAAACCAAUCCAGAACCAAAAUGUUAUUUGGAAUGUAAAACAUUAACAACAGAUGAUUAUAGAGAUUUGACUUGGACGACAUUUGCUGAAUUUCCUGGAUUAUUUGUGACUGUGUUUAUUAUUGAUUUCUUUGGUAGAAAAAAGACAAUGGCGUUUCAAUUUUUUGUCUUCACUGUAUUUGUCCUCUUAGUCAAUAUUUGUACAAAACGAGUCUGGUUGACAUUAUUUCUGUUUAUUGCUAGAGCAUUUAUAUCAGGUGCUUUUCAAGCUGCUUAUGUCUAUACACCUGAGAUCUAUCCCACAUCUAUGAGAGCAUUAGGUUUGGGUGCGUGUAGUGGUAUGGCUAGGAUUGGUGCAAUAAUUACCCCCUUUAUAGCUCAGGUUCUGUUAAAAAAAUCGUCAUUUUUAUCCAUAUCUAUAUAUGGUUCCAUGUGUUUAAUAGCAACUAUAGCAGCAUUGCUGUUACCUAUUGAAACUAAAGGCAGAGAAAUGCAGGUAUGUAUUAAGUGUAUAAGGUUAAAACUAUCAUGA